AUGCGUGCCACCGAGUCGACGCUGCUGGGCAAGCUGGCUUUCAGCAACCGAAGUUUUGCUCGGUAUCGGGUCGUCUUCGUCGGCGACGUGAUCUCCAAAGGUCCCGACCCAGUUGCGUCGCUGCGGCUUGCGCGCAACACUGUGGCUGCAGCCGCAGCGGGCAGCGAGAUACUCGUCGGCAACCACGAGCGUAACCUGCUCACGUGGCUGAAACAGCGAGAUCAGGGCGUGCCCGCUGGAAAACGCUCUGGCUCUGGCGAGGGCAACAGAAUGACGGGCGAGCAGCUGACGCGCGGCGAGGUGGAGUGGCUGCGCGGCCGGCCCGACCGAUUGGCGCUGCCGGAGCAUAACGCCAUCGUCGCGCACGCAGGGCUGCGCGCGGGCGUCCCGCUCGCACAGCAGCAGCAUGCCGACCUGACGGCGAUGCGGAGCCUCGAUGCCGCCGGCCUGCCUUCGCCAACGGCCGGGGCCGUCUCGUGGGCGGCGAGCUGGCGCGGGCCGACGCACGUCAUCUUUGGGCACGACUCGCGCCGCCGGCUGCAGCUCCACCCCUUCGCCACCGGCAUCGACACGGGGUGCGUGUACGGAGGCCAGCUCACGGCGCUCGUCCUGCCAGAGGGCUCGCGCAGCCGCGGGGACUGGAGGCUCGUGGCCGUGAACGCAACCACAACCUGGUGCUACGCCGGCAGCAGCGGCGGAACUGCCGCCAUCUCGCGCUCGCCAAACUGCCGCCGCAGCCAGCGCCCUGCCGGCAGCAAUAAGGAGGAGCGGCAUCAGAAGCGAGAGGAGGGUAAGCGGGAGAAGCACCGCAGGCGAGACGAGGCGAAGAAGGCCCGGCGAGAGAGGCGCCGACAGGGAGGCGACGGAACCGUCGACAAGUGA